GUCGAAAGCAGAGGAAGCCAAAAAAAUCGCCUCUGCAAUUCCUCCAUUCUUGAUUCUGCUUCCAGAAUGUGAAGCAGUGGAUUUUCUCGGCCCGUGCCGUGUUUUGAACGGAAAUUCUCAAGGUUUCCUUCAAGAUUCAGUCGCCAUUUCUUUCGCACCAGACAAUUCGAAAGUGGCAUCUGGUUGAGUAGGAAGUGUCCUUUUCCUGUAAAUGGCUAGAGUUUGUUGGCCAUACUUUGACCCUGAGUAUGAGAACUUGAGCGUCAGAAUCAAUCCGCCAAGGGUGUCUGUGGACAAUACUAGCUACAGAGACUGUACUCUUAUCAAGGUUGACAGUGUCAAUAAACCUGGAAUACUGCUGGAAGUUGUGCAAAUACUCUCAGACCUGGAUCUAAUUAUUACCAAGGCUUACAUUUCUUCUGAUGGCGGAUGGUUCAUGGAUGUAUUUCACGUCACUGAUCAACAUGGGAAAAAGAUUACAGAUGGUAAAACCAUUGAUUACAUAGAGAAGGCUCUAGGACCCAAGGGCCAUACCACAAAUGGGGUGAAUAAUUGGCCUGGUAAAAGGGUUGGGGUGCAUUCUCUUGGUGAUUACACAGCAAUUGAGCUCAUUGGAAGGGACAGACCUGGUCUCUUAUCUGAGAUCUCUGCCAUCCUCACCAAUCUCCACUUCAACGUGGUUGCUGCCGAAGUAUGGACCCACAAUAGAAGAAUAGCUUGUGUUGUCUAUGUUAAUGAUGAUAUUACAUGCCGUGCUGUAGAUGACCCAACCAGAUUGUCUAUUAUGGAGGAACAACUCAAGAACAUACUACGUGGGUGUGAGGAUGAUGAGCAAGUGGUUCGAACCAGUUUCUCCAUGGGAUUCACUCAUGUUGAUCGGCGGCUUCACCAAAUGCUGUUUGCUGAUAGAGAUUAUGAAGGUAGUGGAUUGACAACUGAAGUUGACCAUCCUACAUCCUUCAAACCCAAGAUCACAGUCGAGCAUUGUGAGGACAAGGACUACUCAGUUGUUAAUGUCAGAUGCAAAGAUCGAGCGAAGCUGAUGUUUGACAUUGUCUGCACGCUCACAGACAUGCAAUAUGUUGUUUUUCACGCCGCCAUUUCAUCGGAUGGCCCCUAUGCAUCACAGGAGUAUUAUAUUCGCCAUAUGGAUGGCUGUACCCUAGAUACUGCUGGAGAAAAAGAAAGGGUCAUCAAAUGUCUGGAAGCUGCAAUUCAAAGAAGAGUAAGUGAGGGUCUAAGUCUGGAGCUCUGUGCAAAGGACAGAGUUGGAUUGCUGUCUGAAGUGACGAGGAUUUUGAGAGAGAAUGGAUUGGCAGUCACAAGAGCAGGUGUUACAACAAUCGGGGAGAAAGCAGUAAAUGUCUUCUACGUGAGAGACGCUUCUGGGAAUGCAGUAGAUAUGAAGACUAUUGAGGCACUCCGUAAAGAAAUAGGACACACAAUGAUGCUUAAAGUCAAGAAAGAUCCUGCCAGUGCCAAAGCACCUGAGACCAGUGGAUGGGCUAAAACAAACUUCUUCUUUGGAAACUUGUUGGAGAAGUUCUUAGCUUAGAAAACAUGUGCAUAUAUGGUUGUGACUGAAACUCUGGUGUGUAUAGAAUAAACAAAGCUUUCUCAUAACAAACAUGGUAACUAGGGAAGCUUGUUAUCUCUGGAGUCUCUGUAAAACAUGAUGUGUGAAGACUAUGAAAAGCUUGAACUUUGUUUCUCUAACUUAAUUGUGCUUUGUCUCCUCAACAUAUGACAUGGGAAAUUGAUUGGCCUUCACAUGGAGACUUGAUAGAACAGCUGACAAAGACAGGCUAAUGCGUAGAGAGCUUGUGGACAAUGAAAUGCAGAAUAACAAACAGGGUAUGCAUAAAUGAACAUCAGUUUU